AUGAAAGCGGUGGUCAUACAUGAAAGUGGUGGCCCAGAGGUUCUGAAAGUGCAACAAUGGACCAAGCCAGUACCAUCAGCAGGCCAAGUCCUUAUUCGUGUCAGAGCAUUCGGAUUGAAUCGAUCGGAGAUGUUUACCAGGCAGGGACACUCUCCAGAUGUCAAGUUUCCACGCGCCUUGGGGAUUGAAGCUGUUGGGGAAGUGGAAGAUGCACCCGGAGGAGAAUUCAAGAAGGGUGAUGUUGUUGGAACUUGUAUGGGCGGCAUGGGCAGAAACUUCGAUGGAGGCUACGCUGAGUACACUUGCGUGCCCACGGAUCAAGUGCAAGUGGUAAAGGCCAAGAUUUCAUGGGAGCUUCUUGGCGCUCUGCCUGAGAUGAUGCAGACCGUAUGGGGUUCACUUUUCGAGUCUUUGCAAUUGAAGAAAGAAGACACUCUCCUCAUACGUGGCGGGACAACGUCCGUUGGACUCGCUGCAGCGGCUCUAGCAAAAGAUAUGUGUGCUUCUGUUGCUGCUACCACUAGGAACCCAAAGAGUGAAGCUAUGCUCAAGGCAAAUGGAGCAUCGGAAGUUUUCAUCGAUAAUGGCUCUAUUGCUGAAGAGGUCAGGAAGCGACAUCCGGAAGGCUUCUCAAAAAUUCUCGAACUCGUUGGCGUGACGGUAUUGGAAGACACUUUGAAAUGUGCAAAAGCUCAAGGUAUCGUGUGCAUAACCGGUAUUGUUGGUGGAAAAUGGAUACUUGAGAAUUUUAACCCUCACAUAAUUCCCACCUCAGUAUGCCUUACUUCAUAUGGAGGAUUUGGUGCACAGAGAUUCAAGGCAAUGCCACUUGACCAAAUUGCACAGAGAGUCGUGGAUGGAACACUCAAAAUUCCUAUUAAGACGUUCACUAUCGAUCAGAUAGUCGAAGCUCAUCGAACCAUGGAUGAGAAUACAGCAGGAGGAAAAAUUGUUGUUCUCGUGUGA